CUCGGGACUUGGAUCUCUAGCGCAACAGUCAAGAGAUAUUUAUGCGUUAUUUUUCCUCGAAAAAUAAAUGAUAUAAAUCGAUAGCGCGAUUAUUAUAACAAAAUACUUUUGGGAAAGUGCGAAAUCAGCGAGACCAAAUCUUUAUGUCUACAGUGAAGCAAAAAUUUCAAGUGCAUUAAAUACUAAAAUAGCAGUAAAAAUUAUUACUUCUAGUUAACGAAGACGAAGAAAAAUUUCUCUGUAUUUGUGCGUAUGCGGUGUAUUGAGUGUAUGUUUGUAUGUGAAAAAGAAAUAAUUGUCUAGAGAAUCGAAAUCUUACAAUAGAAAUUAAUUUCUUUUUGUGCCAAAAAUGUGAUUAUAUUACGCAAAAUGUAAGAAGACAAAUAAUAACUUCAAAGCCUGCCCAUAGCAAAAGCAAUACAAAAAACAAAAAGAAAUUGAAAGUAAAAUUUUAAUAAGAAAAGGCUCAAUAAUACCCUAUUACGUUAACAUAGAAUUUGAUUUGCGAAAAUCAAAAACAAGAAAUCUUUCAUACACACCAAGUGUUGUUACAUGACGUAGUGCCUGUUAGCCUGCCUGCCACCCACCACGGUCAUAAAAGUGAUUGUAUUAAAUUGUCUAAGACACCAGCGUCGCUGUCAACAGCUGGCAGAAGACAGCCCUGCAAGAACUACCAAACGAUCGACUAACCAAUUAACAACAACAACAGCAGCAGCAAUACACAAUAAAAGCGACUAAAAAUAAGAACAACUACGUCAGCCAGCCGUCAUUAUCAUCAAAAUUUUCGUCAUAGACAUUCAUCAUCAUCAUCACCAUCGCUUUGUUAGAACAGAUCCAAGAUGACAUCUUUAGACAUACGCAAUAAUUCGGCCGUUAACAAACGUGCCGAACAACUAAAACGUUGGGAAGAAUCGGAUACAAAUCAACAACCCCCAGUGCCACGGCCCGAACGUGGCAGCCGCAUAAAGUUCUCUUCGGGAUGUAUAUUCUUGGCCGCCUGCUUGGCCGGCGAUAAAGAUGAAGUAUUGAAAUUGCUUGAACAGGGUGCUGAUAUAAAUACCGCCAAUGUUGAUGGUUUGACUGCUCUCCAUCAGGCCUGCAUAGAUGAUAAUUUAGAAAUGGUCGAGUUUCUCGUGGAACAAGGAGCCGAUAUCAACAGACAAGACAACGAAGGUUGGACACCCCUGCACGCUACAGCCUCAUGUGGUUUUGUGAGCAUAGCACGCUAUUUGGUGGAGCAUGGUGCCGAUGUUGCUGCCGUCAAUAGUGAUGGCGAUUUAGCCGUGGACUUGGCUGUCGACAUCCAACAUUUGCCCAUGAUUGAUUUCAUGCAAAAAAUGGUAGCCGAACAACAAAUCGAUUGCGCCAAAGCCCGCCAGGCCGAACAACAACAAAUGCUCACAGAUGCCAAGAAAUGGUUGCGUAGCGAUGCCUCCGAAGUUGAUCGACCACAUCCAAAAACUGGUGCAACAGCGCUUCAUGUAGCCGCUGCAAAGGGUUACACAAAGGUUUUAAGUUUAUUGCUCGCAGGACGUGCUAAUGUUGAUGCUCAAGACAAUGAUGGUUGGACACCAUUACAUGCUGCGGCCCAUUGGGGUCAAAAAGAAGCAGCCGAAAUGCUGUUGGAUGCUAUGGCCGAUAUGGAUGUGCGUAACUAUGCCGGCCAGACAUGUAUCGAUGUUGCCGAGCGUAAAAUGGUCAAAUACUUGGAAGAAUACAGAGCGAACAAUAAACGCAUCAAACGCAGACCAUCUAGUCAAAUCAGUCGAAUCUCGGACACCAUUGAAAAUCACAUGGACAAAACACCACCCAAGAUCAUACGUGUUAAAGUUCGACCGGAAAACAAUAAGGAUCAUGCUAAUGUUUCCACAUGCGUUGCCUCCACAUCGGGAUAUAGUGGUAGUAGUGGCGGUAGUAGCCUACCCACAAACUCAGAAUCCGAAGAAACGGACUCUGAUUUGACUGAUUCGACAGAGAGUUCGCAUUCAACGAGUCUUUCCGAACCUGAUGAAGAAGAUGAUAAAUCAUCUGUACAGAAAACCGCAAACGAUGCACCCGCCACAGAAGAUGAGGCGCCAUGGCGACGUAACAAUGUUUCACGUGUGCGUUCCGCCAAUGACAGUCCCAGUAAAAAUCAAGUUCCUGAUGUUAUUGACGUUAAGAAAACAACGCCAACAAAUGCCACCGCUACAGAGACAACAGAUGUUAUUCUAAGACGAACUCAAAGCUUUGAGAAUGAUGAAAAAUUCUAUCAAAAGUACAAUGAAUUACGUGCACGCAUAAAAGCUAACUCAUGCCCCGUAAUACCGGCAACAUUGCAACAGCAUCAUCAACAACAGCAGCAACAUCAACAACAACAGCAAUAUAAUAAUGUUAACAAUAACCACAGCAUUAACAAUAAUCUAAACAAUAAUAGUAACAUUAACCUAAACAGUACUAGUUGUAGUAGUAGUAGUUGUAACAACACCACCACCACUAGUACUGCCACCACAAUAUCACCAACAACACCAUCCAACAACACAAUAAUCAUCAACACAACAACAACAACAUCGUCCUUGCCUGCCUCAACAACAAUAACCGCCGGUAACAAUACAGUCGCAGCAACACAUUUGCCUUCAGCAGCUACUACCACCGGUAUCACCCCUGCAGACAAUUCAUUUUCCCCUGCCUCCAAUUUAACCUCCCCCUCCUAUACUACCUCCUAUUCGUCUUUUUCGCCAACGAGUCCCACUUACACCGUUCAAAGAUCGGCUUCCCUCAAAGAUCAUAAACAGAUAUUCAUCAGGAAAUCGCCAUCAGUUACACCUGCGGUUUCAUCUACACCUGCUUACUCAAAUACAACGAAUACUUCUUCUCCUGCUACAGUCACCACACCAAUCCGGAGUACACAAACCCAACCACAACAAGUGGCACAAAAUUCCCCUCAAACUAAGGAUAAUAAUAAAGCUACUGCAAACAACAACAACAAUAAUAAUAACAAUACUAGCAAUGGUUCAACUGCUGAUCCAGUUAAAGCCAAACAAUCGACUGGAAAUAUGAUAAAAAAUUUCUUCAAGUCAUUUGUGCCACCGGUGCGUGACGAAGAAAGUGAAACUCAACGUAAGGCACAUGCUAAGCGUGUACGUGAAACGAGACGUUCUACCCAAGGUGUUACCUUGGACGAGAUCAAGAGUGCUGAAGAAUUGGUGAAAAAGAAGAAUUCCACCAUGAAUAAUAACAACAACAAUAACAACAGCAGCAACAACGAAACUCAAGCAAAUGUUGUUGAGCCAAGCGAAGCAGCAACAGCAAUAUCAAUUCCAACAGCAGCAACGGCAACGACGACAACAACGAACAAUGAACAAAAUUCCAAGGAGGCAGAAAUUUCCACAGAUCCCACCAAAUCGGAGGAGGAUACCAAUACAAAGGCCAGUAAUGAUGGUGGUGGCGCCGAUAAUGAUGAUGACGAUGACAAUGUAACAUCCUUCACAAUUAUAGCACCUUCAGCGGCCAAUCGUUCUAGGCCCUCUUCCUUAAUUGUCACAGCAAAAACCACCACAAUUUCCUCAAAAUCAGCGGCUAUGGCUGCCGAAGAAGUGGAAGAUGCCCAAGAGGAAGUAAGUGCCACAUUUGUUAUGCCUCCACGAAAAGAUUCGCGUACCCCAACACCGACCUCAAAAACCGAAACGGCCACUGAAAAUGUGGAAACAACCAUAGUGAUAACGUCUCCCAAAAGAACGGCAAACAAAGCCAUCACAGAUGAUGAAAAGGAUAGACAACGUGAGGAAAAAGUCAAUCAAGAGACUGAAAAAGGGGAGCAUAAGGAAGAUGAACAAGAAGAUGAUGAAGAAGAUGCCGGCAUAAAGCCAGAUAAAAAGACUGAGCCACCACCUUUGGAAGGAAUGGUGGUAACAACUUCAGCGGCAGAGGCCCCACGCGUUCCCUCUCCCACAACACAGCGCGCUCAUACUAACGAGCGGAUGCGUGCUGCCUUCUUCAGCCCCUUGCCUCUGGCCGAGCCAAUUGCUGCCAGCAAUCAAAAUAAACCCCCCUCUGCUACAACCACACCCACUCUGGAGAGCCCUGUACGCUUGCGGGACAAGCGUUCCCUAUUCGAUAUGGACAAUGCCAGUUCUCAGACUUUGGCUGAUAAAUUACGCCAAGAGACGCAUCGUUAUGGUUAUGAUGAGAAACGUGGAGGCAUAUUCGCUGGCGAAUCUAGCAUCUCAGCGGCAACGCUUAACCAACCCAGUCAUGUGGCACACUCGGUGCACGAAAGCAGCACAGAUCGGGAUAGUAGCAUGUCACCGUUGUUCUGUAAUCUGGGACCCAUUCCUGGCUUGGGCUUUGCCAGUCGUCGUAGUUUAGAUUCCUCCUCAGCUUCGUUGCCCAAUUCGCCUUUGCAUACGCGGGAUCGUGAGGCAGGCGGCAAUGAUCAGGCGGGCCAUCAUAACAACGGGGCAAAUGCCAAUGCGGCUGAUCGUAGACCCUCGUGGCGUUUGAAAUUCGAUGCUGGUUCUAAGUUUAAAUUAGAGGAUGUCAAUGCGGGCAAUACAUAUCAUCCACCGACAAAUAGCACCAUAAUACCCAGUGCUCCAGCGGUAAUAGCUGCUGCCAAUUCCAUGUCACAGCGAAGAAUCACCAGUGUUAAUAAUGCAAUGUCUUCAUCCAAUCAAUCGUUGAAUUCAAUUGGUAGACCUGUAUCGGCACCACCGACUAGUAAUUUAAGCAACAGUUCAAACACCUCCUCCUCCAUCACAAGUUCCAGCAUCAGCCAAAAGAACGAUGAAAAAUCCCAUGAAAAUAGUUCCAACACCAAUCCCACAGCCACAUCCUCCACCAGCACUAGCAGUAGUGGCAUUGGUUCUUCCUCUGCAUCUUCAUAUGCAGCACGUCGUGCUAGCGCCAACACCUCUGCAACCGCCGCCUUGAAUGCUGAAACACCUUCGGGGGCGGCCAGCGCCACCUCCACCACCAGCAGCAGUCUUAGCAAUAAUGAUGAUAAAGAUAACGAUAAGGAGAAUGAUAACCGCAGUGCUUUGGCCACUCAAGCUGUUAUACAACGAAGAAGGAAACCCAAACGACGCUCCACUGGUGUAGUACAUAUUGAUAUGGAUGAAUUGGAUCCAGAAAAACAAGAUUCUGCCAACGAUACCGAGGAUAAAGAGAAAGAGAGCGGUGGUGAAAGUCGCGGCUCACGGUCACGUGCCGGUAGCACGGUGUCGGUGUCAACAUCGACCACCUCAGCAACAGAUGAUAAGAAGACACGUGAUAAAACAGAAAACAGUGGUGAUAAUAUAGAUUACAAAGCUCUAUGGGAAGCUGUCAAAUUGGAGAAUGAUAAACUCAAGCAACAGCUUAAAAAGAAAGAUGAAGAAGUUGUACAAACUCGAGCCACCUUGGAAAGAUUUGCUAAUGCUACCAAUAAAAAUUCUCUGUCAGAGAUUGAAAAGCGCGAAAGGAGAGCUAUGGAACGAAAACUUUCCGAAUUGGAAGAAGAGCUUAAGCAAUUGGAUGCUUAUAAAACUGAAAACUUACGCCUUAAGGAGGAGAAUGGAGCGCUUAUUAGAGUAAUAAGUAAAUUAAGUAAAUGAAAUUCACUUAAAGCUAAUCAAAAGCAAUAGUAAUAAUAAUAACAACUACCACACCAUCAGCAAUAGCAACAAAAACCACAGCAGAAACAACACAAAACAAAUUUAUAACAUUUAUUCAUAUAUAAUAAUUAAAAAAAAAAAAAAUAACAAAAAAUCCUGAAAACAAAACUACAAAAAGAAACAAACAAACAAAAUUCUCAAUUGAAAACAAAAAAUGUUCUUCUGUUCUUUUUUUUAUCAUUUAAUGCAUAAAAAAGAAUACAACACCAGAAAAUAAAUAUUUAAUAAUAUAUACUUUUUAUUAUUACAUUAUUAUUAUAAUUAUAACUAUUAUUAUUAUUCUAAAUAAAAACAAAACUAUUAGUAAACAAACAAAUAAAAAAAGAAUAAAACAUUAUUUUUAUUUUGUAUUUUUUUUUUUUUUUUGCUUUCUUUUUAAUAUACAUAUACGUUUAUAAGUUGGUGUUAAACAUUUUAUUUGUAUACAGAGACAAAUAACAAACGAAAAAACAAAAACAAGUAAAACUUAUAUUGCAAUGAUACGAUGCAAAGAGGAGAAGAGGAGAAAAAGAACCCUGCGAAAAUCCUUAUCUAGAAUUUUAUUAGAUUCUUUUUUGUUUUUUAAUGAUUAAGUCCAUUUAAAAAGGUAACAACCAACCAACAAAUAAACAAAAACAACAACAACCACAACCAUGCGAAAACUAAGUGAAUGUGAAAAAGAAAUUUAUUAAUAAUUAUAAUUAUUAUUAUUAUCAUUAUUAAUAUUAUUAUUAUUAUUAUUAUUAUUACUAUUACUAUACAUACAUUAUAUAUUUUUAUAGAGUUAUCGUGUAUUUUGUUUUUAAUAGAUGAUGAAGUCGUCGAUGAUGAUGAUUUGUUCUUAAAUUAUUAUAAAAUUUUAAUAAAAAGAAGAAAAACCA